AUGCAUCAGCUCUCAGAGCAAUUAGAGACAAGCCCCAGCUGUGAAGCAGCAAAGUCCAUGGCCACUGCAGAGACCUCCAUCACAGCAUGUCUAAGUUCAUGUGAGAGGGUCCUUUGCAGUAAUAGUCUAUUAGACUCUGCUGAAUAUUGGCUGCGGAAUGAGAAGGAACUCUGUCAGGUUGGAUUCCUAGAGGAUAAAGGAAGAAGCAAUUGCCCCACGAUCUGCUUUGUGAACCUUGAUGGAGUGGAUACAAAUAUCAAAAGUAAAGAACUGCAGCAGAAAUUAGAUACUGUAUCACCUGACCUCCCACAUCUCAUCAACUCGUUGAACGUUUGCCAGAUGAAAGACAAUGAAUUUAUCCUUGUGCGUGGAUUAAUUGCUCCAGGAAGCUGCUUGGACAAUGCAAGUCAUUCCCAGGGUCAAAAAGAUGAAUCCACCAAAUAUUUGGAAGAUGAGUCUGUCCCACAUCCUGCACAGUGCACAAGACCCCCAGAUGUUUGUCUAGUUCAAUCAGCCAGGAGGUGCCGAAAGAAUGACAUGGCCUGUAUUAUAUAUGAAAUCAACAAAUGCAUGAUUGGCCUGAAUUAUUUCAAAGGAAGGAAAAAACACCAUGUCAGCACUGCCAAUUGGAAAUCAGAGGAGGAGACUAAUUAUUCAGGUUCAUCCAUCGAGGAGGACUUCCUCACUGCCUCUGAACAAUUAAAUGAUGAGCAAGAUGAAGCCAACAAUGAUCUAAGAGAUCCCCUGAAGAUCAGUGGGUUUGAUACAGCACGAGGCACUAAAAAUUCAAAAGCAAGAUCCAGGGUUCUCCUGCAAAUGCGACAAAAAACAGACAAUUUAUUUUGGCAAAAGGCAUGCAGUUUCCAAGAUACUUCAGCAUACAAGUGUGCAGAUGAAGAGAACUCUGGAAGUGUCCCAUUACCUUGCUGUGAGGACAACUACGUUCCUGAAGAAAGGGAUGGAGAAAGGCUUAGGUCAGAAAGAAAUAUCCAAGAAGCAGCACUUGACUUAAAGAUUCCUCAUGGCAACCACUCUACAAAUUCAAACGCAGAUGAACACAACUCUUACACAACUGAGUGUGCUGGUGCAUGUCUUCAGACCAACUCUGCACCAACACUAGUAGAUACACAGAACACAAUAGAUGAACAUAGUUUCUCUCCCUCUCCAAAGGAGAAUCACUGCAUGGAGGGUGCUUACGCUUCAAAUUUAGCAGAAUCUGUCUUACAGGAUGCCUUUAUUAGACUGUCUCAGUCAGAGCCCAGUUUUACAACAGAGGCUGCGGUCAGCAUCUCUGCAGAAAGUGUUGAUGGCCUUUCACCCAGCAACCCAAAGGGAAGUUCUUGUCCGUGGAAUGUACUUCCUAAAAUUGUUAUUGUACAAAGUCCGGACAAUUGUGACAAUGCUUUAGAAUGGCAAGAGCCUUGCAGCCCUGGAACAGCUUCUUGCUUGGACUCUGAUCCAUUAAGUGAAACUCUGGGUUAUGCACAGGAUCACAAUAUUGACCAGAACAAUUCUGAGUCAACUGGAUUGCCUCCUAAUUCUGUAGAGGUAGCUCUGGUCUAUGCGGCAAACGUUGUAGGGACUAUUUCAAGUCCGUAUAUUACUGAGAGUCUGCAGCUGGACCAAGCCUUAUAUGAUGGAAGAGAGAAUUUGCCUUGCAAUAGAGAAAAUGGAGAUGGAGCCUUACCAAGUAAUUCAGAAUGUGGUGACAUGACCUUCUCCUUCUCAUCGGCUCUCUACGGUGUCACCCAGGUGGCCAGCGCCAUAGGUGUAGCAGGGCUAAAUGAUGAGCCAGAUGUGAGCUCUCCUGCAACUUCAAGUGGCCUCCUGUCGGCAGCUGAAACCUCCGGCGCGGUGGCCCUCCAGUGCAGCGUGAGUGUCGGUAGCCGCAUAGACACGUUCGCCCAUAACAUUGCUGAGGUACUUUUCAAAGAAGCAGCUACUGUUCUUACAAAGACAGACAACUACAGAAGUGUUGGUGAAUUAAUGGAAUCUGUAGACCGAAAAAUAACAGAAACAGUGACACGACCAAAAGUCUCCCAUUGGGAGGAAUUACCAAAGGAUGAUUUUGCCUUGAAUAUUUCAAAUUUAAUUCUAAAACAUUCUUUUGAAGAAGCAAAUAGCAAAGUGGGAAUAAUGCAUCAGGAAAAGGAAAAUAAUUUGGAUGUAAAUCCAAACAACAUAUUUAUUGAAAGUGCUAAUAAGUCUCUGUUCAGUAUAUUAUAUUUCACUUGCAGGAAGAUCAAGGAUAUUGCCAGGCACAGUGAUGUUACCAUGCUUUUUCAGGAUGAUGGAAUAAAAAACAGUAAGGAUUCAGAAAUAACCAACAAACAAGAAGGAAUAUCUGUUAACCAUAAUCCCAAUGACAGAGAUGAAAAUUUAAGUCAUGCACCCUCUGGUCGAGGGAACCUGACAGACUCCAUAACCUCCUAUGAGAAAAGAUGUGUAGGGCCAGAUUUGUCACAGCAAAUUAAUCUGAACGCAAUGCAGUCUCUCAGCAGACGAGGCAGUGAUUGUGCAAAUAUUGCACACAAUUUGACCAACCAGCUGACAUCGGGGAAUACAGGAGCUGCAGUUGCCAGUGCAGCUGUCCCACAACAACAGCAGAAUAUAUGUGACAAAGAUACAACUUUAUCUUUCUCCACUGAUGCUUUGCAGAUGGAGAGCAGAUGUGGUAGUGCAGUUCAGCCCCAUAUGUCUAACUACACCAGUACACUUACAGACAUGAGAGCCCAACCUCACCCAGGUAAAAAUCAGAACAUCCUUAUGAUGAAUCCGCAAAGUACAUUAAGCCCAUCUAAACAUUCGUUCCAUGUUGAAAAGUCAACAGAUACAAGCCCAACAGUAAAUGGGUUUGCUGACCAGAUAUCAAAGACAGUUGUUUCCAUGGCAACAGAAAUGGCAGCUAUUUGCCUUGAAAACACAAAUGCCAAGCAGCCGUGGUUUUGUCCAUGGAAAACAAGGCUCGGUGACCACGAGAGAUUUAUCGUCCCACAGACCUCCUCAUCAAAAGCUCUCGGUAGGGGUAAAGAAUCUCAGACUACAACUGUCAAGAGACUUAAGCCUCCCAGACUUAGUGAAAUCAAAAGAAAAACACAAGAGCAACCUGAGCUAAAGGAAAAGCUAAUGAACAGAGUGGUUGAUGAAUCAUUGAACUCUGAUGAUGCCUUAGACCAAAUUAACAACUUUGCCCAUGAGGUGACGGCUAAAAUAGUGAAUUCAGCUGAACUGACAGUGAUAGACUCUGUGAGGCAAGGGCAGGGGCUAAUGAGAAACAGGCUACUGACGGACAGGUGGAGCAGAGGAAAAGGGUCCAGUUAUGAAAGCAUUCCAGAAGAGGACACAGAUUCUAACAGCUCGUGGGCUGCCCUUGGUGCCUUGACUAAAUUUGGCCAGCCCAACAGCCGGGCCAGUUCGGUCUCAAAGCAGUCAAGCUGUGAGAGCAUCACCGACGAGUUUUCCAACUUCAUGAUGAACCAGAUGGAAAGCGAAGGCUGGGGGUUUGACCUAUUGUUGGAUUACUAUGCCAGCAAGCACGCCAGCAAUAUUUUAAAUGCAGCCCUGCAGCAGGUGUGCAGAAAGAAUGGGCACCUUAGUGUAAGUACAACGUGUCUGUCAAAGCAGUCUAGUACAGAGAGCAUAACAGAAGAGUUUUACAGGUACAUGCUCCAUGAACUGGAGAAAGAAAGCAAAGAAGCAAAAGCCAAAGAAUUCCACAAUAUGUUGGUUCCCCCUACUGGGCGAGCGACUUUAUGUUUCAGGCAGUCUUCAAUGCCUGACAGACGAGCAUCAGAGGGAAGGUUAACAGUGACUCCACCUGUGAAAGCAAACUCCUUUGAUGGCUUUGCCCAGAAUGAUCGCAGAAACACCUUGCAGGUAAAUCUAGGUAAUGUGCCAUUAUCCGCUAACCUAUACAAAUCCUUAACAGACUCUUGUUUAUACCGGAAGAACAAAACCGACCACAUUACUGACAUGCUGAUCAGUGAAACUUGGUCCAAUUCCAUUGAGGCGCUAAUGAGGAAAAAUAAAAUUAUCUGCGAUGACGCUGACAUUCAGAGUGGUGAACUGUCGUCAGGUGGUGCCCAGCAAUCUGAUAAAGAGAAUCCCACCAAUGUAGUUACGGACAAUAUUAAAAGUGGGAAAUCAAUCAGCAGCAGCCAGCAGGGUUCCUUAGAAGCUAUAACCCAUGACUGUGGCACUGAGAGCAAAAUAUGUGAUUCAGAUCUCGCUCACAGAGUGGAGGAAGCAAAGUCAGUGACUGAAAAGAAAUCCUUCACUUCACACGAACGGGCAGCCGUGAAGAAAAAGAAAUUGUCCCACUGCCCAAGGGAAGUCCCUUUAAUUCAUAUAGAAAAUGAUCAAAAGGAAGAGAGAAACCAGGCUCCUCAUGGGAAGGCUGUCAGCAGUACUAAAAGACAAGUGGAAAGGAAACUUCUAGAAGCUGAUUCGGAAGGACAAACUGAAUCUGGUUCUCUGGUGUACAGGAGAACACAACAGACUAUUUGGUACCACAGGAGCAAUGAGAUGCCUGGGAAACUAACUUUCUUAAUUAACUUCCUCUUUCUGUUUUGGCCCAUAAGCUUUAUGAAGAAUCCAAUAACAGAGAAAGCCACAUCAGAAGAGAAUCCUUGCAGCUUAAGCACCAGUGACGAUAGCAUGGGAAGCUGGUCACAGCUCAUUAAUGAAGAGGACCACACAGAAGACAGCAGUAGCUAUCUUCAUCUCAGCGAGAGCAAUGGGAACAGCAGUGCUUCAAGUAGUCUUGGUCUAGUGGAUCUGGAUGCCUAUCAGGAGAAUCUCUCAAUACGUACUUUACCCAGUGAAAUCAUCAGUGAAAAGGACACAGUGAAAGAGAACCAAGAAAGUUUGGAUGAAAAUACAUUGCAGAUGGCAACUGGCACAAUCAACUACCACAUGGAUUUUCUUGUGCUGAACUUUGACCUAAGCCCUGAAUGUGUCGAUUCCGAAUUGAGAGCAAUUUUACAGUGGAUAGCAGCUUCAGAACUUGGUUUUCCGGUGAUUUACUUCAAAAAAUCUCAGGAAAAUAGGAUUCAAAAGUUCUUAGAUGUUAUCCACUUCGCUGACCAGAAAGCCUGGAAGCUCAAAGACCUGUUUCUUGCAAUCAUACAGUUCUGUGAACUACAAGAAGAGGGAGGAAGGCUUCCAACAUGCAGUCUGUUUGACUGGCUCCUUGAACUUGGCUAAAUAUUAACUCGUAUUUUUAUCAUGUAGGUAGAAAGAAAUAGUAUUCAGUUUGAAACUCUUUGACACUGGAGUUAAUUUGUAUGAAUAUUUUAAAGCCAGGAUGUGAUUUUUGAAGUGACUAAUCAAAAAUUAGCUGGGUCACACCAAAUUAUACUGUAUACAAGAUGUGAAACCAGCAGUUUGAUGUAUGUUAAAGAAGAAUUUGUUAUAUCUACCCAAGAUAUGGAAUCCCUGCCAUGUAAUAAUUGCAGAGUUGAUGCGACCAUUGUUUAAAUGUGGAUAAAUAUGUUAUUUCAUCACCAAAGCAGUCUCACUGUUGCAGUGGAGACACAGUGUAUGUACUUUUCAAUUUAAGUGUAUGAGAGCUUUCACAAUUCAAAUCUACAGUCAAAGCUGAAUACAUUAUCUUUUAUCUGAUCUGUACUGUACAUGUGAAGAUGAAGACACUGACAUUCACAAGCCAUAUAGCAUCAGACAAGCCUGUACCGUAUAUGUAAAUUUGUGUGGCAUGUAUUUGAGCAGAUUUGGAUAGACUUACUAAAAUUGUACAUUGGAUGUACAGCAAGCUUGUUUGUCUGAACAUCCAACCUUUCAGUUAGUGAACAGUUUCAGACAGCUGCCUACAAAUUAUUUUAAGGUACAGGUGCUGUUUACUCUGCUAAAAUACUCACACAGUAUUAGUUCAAACAUUAGAAUGUAAUAGAAAAAAAUGCUGCAUAUCCAAAUCAAAACUUUUGCCAAGUUAGUGCUACCUAGCUAGUACUAAAAUGGUUUCACUCUUUGGCAGCACAAACAAAUUAAAGAGAAUUACUCCAGUUGGACACUGCAUAAAAUAAUUCUGAAAUUUAUUGAAACUAGUCCAGUAUGAUAAAUGAAAGGAGUAUAACAACAGGAAUUUUUGCAGGGGAAUACUUAAGAGAUAGCAGAAUUGUUGUCAGCAGUUUCUUUUAGGUCCAAUAAUUUAUUUACUUUCAAAAUAAUGCCAUUCUUCUGAAAUAUCAAAUUUUUAAAAGCACAAGCAAGAGGGGAACCUUAGCAUACACCACUAGUAAAGAUAUUUAAAAUAUUGUAUUUCAUUAAAACAAAUAUUUGAGGUAAAAUAAUUGGAUUUUGUAUAAAAUACAUGGGUUUAUUUGUAAUACUUAUUUCCAGUUACUUUGCUAGAUAUAGUCACAUAUUUUUUCCUGAGAAUUUAUUAUGGUGCCCUGGCUAAGACAGUGAAAUAGAUUUAAAAAUAUGCACAUGAAAUUGCCACUCAAUUCUUGUUUGGAUUUAGUGCUCUACCACAAACUAAAUGUGGUAAUACUUUCUGGAUUACUAUUAGAACUUUGUAUGAAACCAAACUAUGUUAAUGUUAUUUCAUGAAAAUGACUCAUACUGUAUUUAUUCACAAUAAACAUUGAUGAAAAGUGUCAGGACUGGAUUUGUCCCUCUGAGCCCCAAAGUUCUUUCUAUUUUCUCCUCUGCCAAUGAUAACAUUGAAAACAAUUUUCUUUUGCUAGUCUUGUUAGAAGGAAGGCAGACGGUCAUGUCAUGAAGAUUGACAUGAAUACUGUGAUCAUAUUAAUUUAAUUGAAUUUAAUGUUAACAUUAUAAGCAUCAUAACAAUCAACCUGAUGGUCUUGAAAAUUUUCAGG